AGAUCAUCAUAUCACGCUGUAACACAGAAGCACAGUAGCUGUAGAGAGAGAAAGAUAGAUAUAGAAAGAGAGAGAAGGAGCGCUCCGCCCCAGAAAAAAAAAAAAAAAAAAAAGAGAAUGCAAAUCCGGAUAAGGACUUGUAGUUCACUACUGCCCUCUUCUGUGUAUUUCCCAGAGUCAUAACUUUCGGCCACCGAUCAUUGAAUUCAAAACCCGCUUUCAAAUUCAACAUAAUAAUUGAAUUCUAUCUCAUUUCCAUUCUCUCUCUCUCUCUCUCUCUCUCUCUCUCUCUACCUGUUAACCACCUCUCCUUUACUUUUGUUUGUCUGCUUCUGGUUUAACCCAUUUUUUUGUGUAAAAGAGGUGUUUGUUGAAGCCUAGGGUUGAGUUCAUGCAAUGGCAUUGAUUUGAGCUGGUCUUGUUGGCCUUUGGUUUUCUGGGUAUUUUUUGUUGGGUUAGAAGAUAUACUCUUGGUGAUUCGUAGUGUCUAAGGUUUGCGAAAACAUGGGUUGGUGAGGGUCAACCCGUUCGGUCCUUCCUUUCGAUAUGAAGCCUUUUCUAGGGUUUGAAUUCUAGCACAUUGUGAAAGCACUGUUUACAGUUCAAGAUUUGGGUUUUUUUACCUCAAUAUCUCAGAGAGCUUUGCAACAGAGUGAGGACUUUGAAUUUGUGACCCAAGACAGCUGAAUUGGUUUGAGAUUGAGAUUUGGGUGCUUACACAGUAGCAAUUAUUUAGGAGUAAAUGUAUGGAUCGAAGGGAAGCCAUGGCACUUUCAGGGUCUUCUUACUAUAUGCAGAGAGGGAUUUCUGGGGCAGGGUCUGGGAUUCAGGGAUCACCGGGCAUUGGUUCAUUGCCUAAUCAGAAUAUUUCAUUUCAAUCGAACAUUGGGGGCAGUUCAAUUGGAUCAACCUUACCAUUAGAGCCUUCAGCGGCGAUUUUGACUCAUGGGGUUAAUGUGGGCGGGCCAUCUGCCGCGCCACCAGCUGAGCCUGCGAGGCGGAAAAGGGGAAGGCCUCGAAAAUAUGGGCCUGAUGGGUCCGUCUCAUUGGCAUUGUCCCCCAGAUCGUCUACUACUCCAGCAACCACUUCCCAGACCCAGAAGCGAGGGAGAGGGCGACCACCAGGGACCGGGCGGAAGCAACAGUUGGCUUCCCUUGGUGGAUGGCUCUCUGGUUCAGCUGGGAUGGGCUUUACUCCACAUGUGAUCACCAUCUCUGUAGGAGAAGAUAUCACUGCAAAAAUAAUGUCCUUUUCACAUCAAGGCCCAAGAGCUAUAUGUGUUUUGUCAGCUAACGGUUCUGUCUCCAGCGUGACUCUUCGACAGCCCUCAACUUCUGGUGGAACCGUCACAUAUGAGGGCCGCUUUGAGAUACUAUGUCUGUCAGGCUCUUACUUGCUAACUGAUAAUAGUGGUUCCCGUGGUCGAUCUGGUGGUCUGAGCAUCUCACUUGCUAGUCCUGAUGGUCGUGUCAUUGGUGGGGGAGUUGGAGGAAUGCUUAUUGCAGCCAGCCCUGUUCAGGUGAUAGUUGGAAGCUUUAUAUGGGGUGGUUCGAAGGGAAAGAACAAGUCUGUAGGAGGCUCGGAAGGUGAUGGAGAUUUGGACCUCCCAGGAGCUGACAACCCGGUCACUCCAGCAAGUGUUCCUCCCAGUCAGAAUGUCCCUCCGGUCUCUUCGGUCAAUCCCUGGCUUGGCUCACGAUCAAUGGAUUUGCAAACUGCUCAUGUUGACAUUGAUUUGAUGCGUGAAUAACCAAUUUUAUCAAUAGAUAGAGGUGCGGUGUAUAUACCUGCUCUUUAGUCCGUUGAAACUGAUCCCUUCAGUCCCACAAGAAAACUGACGAUUUUGGGUCCCGAGGAACCUUUCUCUGUGUCCCUUUGCAGACACUUUGCUUGUACCGAUUCCUUUUCAUCUUAAUGAAAGUUUAGUUGGAGUUUAGUGCUAAGAUUUGCAUUAAAGUUACAUUCUAAGGGUAUGGUUUGUCUUUGAAGCAGAGCGUCCCUCCCUCCUGUGGAGAAACCCUUUUGUGGCAACACUGCUACAUCAAAUAUGCUUGUUUGAUAAGUGAAUCUGAUCUUUCCAUUGAUUCA